UUUUGUGGAGCAUAACAAUACCUGUGAACUCCUGUAAACAGUCGCAGAAAAUCGUCCUAAAAUUACUCGAAAGAUACGACGAUUUCAUCAUGGCUAAACCAGUGAAACGAGGCGAUGGCCAAGCGCAGCGGAUAAGGCACUUAGACCUUGAUAUGUUUUGGAAAGAAUACGAGUCAAUUGAACCAAGAGUUGAAGAACCUAACGAUGAGGAAGACGAUCAUUUGAAUGAACUGGAGCACGAUGUUCAAUGGUUAGAGGAAGCGGGAUUUGAUUCGAUCGUGAAAAACUACAGGAAUAGCAAAGAAAUAACUACCGAGGAUCUUAACUUGGGUAAUAUUACAUCGUCCCUUACGAAAAAGCAAGCUGAAGCGGUCAAAAGGCGCGUGAACAAGCUCAACGCCAAGGUGAAAGAGAGGCUAAGUUUGCAAGAGACCUCGCAAGGACCACAACGGUUGACGAUCCCAGAAGCAAGCUUUCAAAACAACAACUCCAAACAGCGAGUGGACGUGCGUUCGUUGUUUCCCGCGCAAACCGUUGGCGAGACUAGUAACAAGAAGACGUCACCAUUGUUCCGUAGCAGACAUUCGUACAGCGAGGGGGUACCCCUCGCUAGAUCACAGGUUGUGAAAUAUCCAGGCAUGACUGGUUCGCAUUCUCAGGACCACCUGAACGACGUAAAGGUUGUCAGUCCAGUCAAAGUUGUCACAACAGGGGGAAAUGUUCCAACUCAGCCUGUAAGCCGACCGGUGAUAUUGACCCCCGGGAAUCCUAGCCCGAAGAUGCGGCGGCAGACGGCGGAUUUUGCCGCGCAAUUGACGGGAAAAGGAUUGCACACAGACACCGCAAAGGCCGGGCAAAGCCAAUCACCGGGCGGCUCUCCCGGCGACGACCGGAGGAAACUCGGUGGCUCGUUGUUCUACAUCACCGCAGUAAACAAAAACAGUCCGUCGCCCUCGGAAGCAUCUGUAGAUACAAAUCAACUGAGAGGAUUGUCUCUGAGCAACAACUGGCAGCUCUCAUCAAGAAAAGGUCGUUCAUCAGCCUCGCCGAACAAGCCGCCGAAAUCAAGCAGUGCUGCUUCAACGCCUGACCAGGAGUUAGCCCCACGACCGGAACUGAAUGAUCUUCCGGAGGAUAUGUUUAAGGAGGUCGCCACGCCGAACGAAAAGCCGACCGUCGAUACUCAGAAGAAUAGUAACCAAGGCAAUCGACCUAAAUUUCCAAAUCUACCAAACUUCACUCUGUCCCGAGAUGAAUAUGGUGUGACUCGCGUUGACGAUCUAUCCGCAAAAGACAUGGAGAAAGUUCGUUCGCUAGCCCUCAUCGAACUGACAGCUUUAUUUGAACAAAAUAAUCUCGUUUUUCACCGUAGAAAACCUAACAAAAGGAAAACAAAAGAAAAUGGUGUCUUUGGCGUUCCUUUACUGCAUCCGUGCCAGAGAGAUCGUGGUGAAAAUUCUAAAUUUAACACUCCUGUGAUCCUUGAGGAGAUGAUUGCUUUUCUCGAAAACAACGGUAUUAAUGAAGAAGGUAUUCUGCGCGUCCCUGGGUCGGCUGCGAGGAUUCGAGCUAUGCGGGAGGAGAUUGAAGAGAAAUACCAAGAAUGUCUCUUCUCUUGGACUGGUCGAAAAACCCACGAUGUAGCAGCCUUACUAAAACAAUUUUUAAGGGAGCUCCCGUUUCCUCUUCUCACUUAUGAAUACCAACCAACCUUUGCUUCGGUCGAAGAAAUUCAAGACAGGGUUCAACAGCUGCAAGCAUUAAACCUUUUAGUUCUUCUUCUUCCUGUCGCUCAUCGGGACACAUUACAGCUUCUGUUGUUGUUUCUUUGUCGUAUCAUCUCGAAACAAAAAGAGAAUAAGAUGGAUUUGAACAACGUCGCCAUGAUCAUGGCUCCAAAUCUGUUCCUCAGCACCGGCAACAAAUCAGGAGCGACGCUGAGGGAAGUCGAAAUGGCCAAAGGAACCAUCAAUAUUGUGAGAAUGUUGAUCAAAUACCACGCAAUACUUUGGACGGUGCCUUCUUUUAUGGUCAGGCAAGUGCGCUUUUUGUACGAAGUCGAGCAAAGUGGAAAAGCAAAAGAAGGAAAGGGAAAGAAGCGUAAGGCUAAGAGAGGUGCUUCUGAUCCUGCGAUAAACGCUGUGAAUCCAAUCAAGAAAUCUUUAUCGCUGGAAGAUCUUGAUCGGAUCGAGCACGAGUUCGAGAACCACAUCAUUCGGGUGAAGGCGCCAUCUUUGAAAAAAGUUGCAAUGGCUCUUCAGCUGAGCAAGAACACAAAGGCAAGAGAUGUUGUUGAGAAGUUCUGUAAAGCCUCGCCGAAGUACAAGGAAGCAAAAUUGCAGAACGCACUUGCUUCUUCUCAGCAAGGCCACUCGCAGCAUAAAGCAAAUAAAUGCUCCUGUGGAGAUGAUCAUUUUCUCUUUGAAGUUGGUGGCAAUAUAGGUGAAAGAUGCUUAGAUAUGGAAACAAAUUUGUUGCAACUGUCCAGGCUUAAUCCUCAUGCAGAGUGGGUGGUGAAGAUAAAGAACUGACACAAUAGGUAGGCAGUGUU